CCGGCAUGCUUUUAAAAUAGCGUGGGAUUCAUUAAUUAGAAAUUUCCUCACGUUUAUAAGGUAAAUUUUAAAAAAAUAAUGGGAAAAAAUGUUGCUUUGCUUCGGUAGGUGUUGAAUCUUGGCGAUGAAGACCGUGAUUUUGGUUAGAUCUUUGUCAACUCCGUUGAGAAGAUGCACUGUGGUCAGCUAAUCGAAUUCUACUCUUACAAAUUAAUCCAUGAGCCAAUAGCCCAUGGCAGCACCAAAUCAUUUAACUCUCUCCUAAAUCGCCUUUCUUCUCAAGGCGCUCACCAUCAAGUUCUUCAAACCUACAUUUCUUUCCAAAACACCAAUACCCCACCAGAUGCAUACACUUUUCCCAGUCUCCUCAAAGCUUGUACCAAUUUGAACAUGUUUUCAAAUGGCCUUUCAAUUCAUCAAUCUGUCAUCGUUAAUGGGCUUUCUCAUGAUUCCUAUAUUGGGUCUUCGCUCAUUAGUUUCUAUGCCAAAUUUGGGUGCAUUCAUUUUGGUCGCAAGGUGUUUGAUACAAUGCCUGAGAGAAAUGUUGUUCCUUGGACCACCUUAAUUGGAUGCUACUCACGACAGGGGGACAUUGACAUUGCUUUUUCAAUGUUCAAACAAAUGCGGGAGAGUGGUAUUCAGCCCACUUCUGUCACCUUCUUGAGUCUGCUUCCUGGUAUUUCAGAGCUUCCCCUUCUUCUUUGUUUGCAUUGUUUGAUUGUUUUAUAUGGUUUUGAGUCAGACUUAGCUUUAUUGAACUCCAUGGUGAAUAUGUAUGGUAAAUGUGGCAAAAUUGGUGAUGCAAGAAGUUUAUUUGAGUCAAUGGAUUACAGAGACUUAGUUUCUUGGAAUUCACUAUUAUCUGCCUAUUCGAAAAUUGGAGGCAUUGAAGAAAUAUUGAAGUUUAUACAAGGAAUGAGGAUUGAAGAUAUCAAACCCGACAAGCAGACCUUUUGUUCUGCUUUGUCUGCUUCUGCUAUAAAGGGUGAUCUUCGAUUUGGUAAGUUAGUGCACUGUCUGAUUCUUAAGGAUGGUUCAGAUAUAGAUCAACAAGUAGAGACAGCACUCAUAGUUUUAUACUUGAGAUGUAGAUGUUUGGAUCUCGCUCAUGAAGUUUUCAAAUCAACUACUGAAAAGGAUGCGGUCCUUUGGACAGCAAUGAUAUCAGGACUUGUUCAGAAUGAUUGUGCUGAUAAGGCAUUGGGGGUCUUCUAUCAAAUGAUUGAAUCAAAUGUCGAGCCAAGUACUGCUACCUUAGCUAGUGCUCUUUCAGCCUGUGCCCAACUUGUUUGUUGUGAUAUUGGUACCUCGAUUCAUGGUUAUGUAUUAAGGCAAGGAAUAUUGCUAGACAUCCCUGCUCAAAACUCUCUUGUCACCAUGUACGCAAAGUGUAAUAAGCUGGAGCAAAGUUGUUCAAUUUUUAAUGAGAUGGUUGAAAAGGAUUUAGUUUCUUGGAAUGCUAUUGUGGCUGGACAUGCUAAAAAUGGUUAUUUAAGCAAGGCCAUCUUUUUCUUCAAUGAAAUGAGAACGAGCUUUCAAAGGCCCGACUCAAUAACAGUGACCUCACUUCUUCAAGCUUGUGGUUCUGCUGGUGCACUUUUCCAGGGAAAGUGGAUUCACAACUUCGUUCUUAGAAGUUCCCUUAUCCCAUGCAUUAUGACUGAAACGGCUCUAGUUGACAUGUACUUCAAAUGCGGAAACUUAGGGACUGCUCAGAAGUGUUUUGAUUACAUGUUACAAAAAGAUCUUGUAACAUGGAGCAUCCUUAUUGCUGGAUAUGGUUUUAACGGAAAAGGUGAAAUUGCUUUGAGGAAAUAUUCAGAGUUUCUUGGCACAGGGAUGGAACCAAAUCAUGUUAUUUUUCUUUCAGUUCUUUCUGCUUGUAGUCACAGUGGACUUAUUAUCCAAGGUUUGAACAUAUACGAGUCAAUGACUAAAGAUUUCAGAAUGUCACCAAAUCUCGAACACCGAGCUUGCAUCAUUGACCUCCUGAGUCGAGCUGGAAAAGUUGAUGAAGCAUAUAGCUUCUAUAAAAUGAUGUUUAAAGAACCCGCAAUAGAUGUUUUAGGCAUACUCCUUGACGCAUGUCGUGUGAAUGGCAGUGUCCAACUUGGAAAGGUUAUUGCUAGAGAUAUGUUUGAAUUAAAGCCUGUGGAUGCUGGAAAUUUUGUGCAACUGGCCCAUAGUUAUGCAUCCAUGAGUAGAUGGGAUGGAGUGGAGGCGGCAUGGACCCAAAUGAGAUCUCUUGGUUUAAAAAAGCUACCUGGAUGGAGUUCUAUUGAGGUUCAUGGAACCAGUUUUACAUUUUUUUCAGUUCACAAUUCACAUCCUAAGAUUGAAGACAUAAUCUUGACAGUGAAAUCAUUGAGCAAGGAUAUUAGAAAGAUGCAUGUUGAAAAUGAAAUUAGAGAGGAUUUUGUUGAAAUUUCUUGAGAUGCAGUUGCUCAUUCACCCUUAAUUUUUGUUAAAAACAAGACAUAUAAUUGCAUGAGCUACCAGAAGAUAGUGUUUGGAAUUGUUUGGUUGUGUACUUAGCAUGGUUUUCUUGUGCCAUAACCAUCAAAUCAAACAGAGAAAAAAAAAAGUGAACUUAUUUCUUCAUUCUCCAUCUCUCUAUCUCAAGAAAGAAGUAAGAAAUGAGAAGGCUUGGAUUCUUAGCUCAGGUGAAUUUCCAAAUUGUUGCUUCAACUUGGAGUGAUACCUUGAACAGACUGAGCUUCACAAGGAAAAAGGCCUGACCUUUUCUCUGGUUGCUAUUGCAUUCAUUUAAUGAGAAAGCUGUCUCAGUAGCCAUUUAGUAUCUGUUAACAUGGGGUGUUGACCUCCAUGGCGCUUAAAGAACAAGAACGGAGCCCUUCUUGCCUAAUGAGCUUGGUGAUAUCAUAAUGAGGAAUCGACUUCAUGGCUUCUCCCCUCAAUGGGGUUCCAUUUGACAUCUGUUUUCAACCCCUAAUCUAGUCACAUUGCUCAACAAGCAAAAUACAAUACGACUACGUUGUACCCUAAACUAGUACGAAUGGAAUUUCAUGGUCAGAGCUAACUUACUAAUUUUGAGACCCUAAGCUGUUAGUUCACUCUGAAUCUUCUUAAUUCAAAUUGGGGCAUGCAUUUCAUCAAUUACCCAUUCCCCUUGAAACCUAUAUAAAGCUUUGCAUCCAUCCAUUUGGAGAAUCAAGCAUUGAAACAUUUUCCAUACUGGUGAGUUAGAGUUGUAAAUUGGAUUCUCCUUGAAAGAGGUUGAAUCAAGUUAAGAGAGCAUCCCUAGAGAGUGUAGAGCUCGUCACAAGGGGUUUCUUUAGUUUAUUUGUUUGUUAUAUUUUAUUUUGCUUUCUGUUUUGUUUCAGCUUACAUUCACCUUUUACUUAUGAAUUUCUCUUCAAUGAAGCCUACAUUUCUUCUCAUAAUUAUGAGCUAAAUUAUUCGACGGAUUCAAUUUGGUGGAUGCCU